CACAAGUUCCAACCAAAGCUGACUAGCCAAUCCUUAUGCUUUCAUAUUUCCAAUCCUUGACUUGGUAUGCUCUUCAAAAGCUUUGCAUAUUCGUUGAAUUUCCAUCUCUUUGUUUCUUUCUUAAUCUGUAUUUCUGAUGCUAGGUCUCAAAUAGACCAAAGUGGAGCAAUGAUAAAAAAAAAAAAGUAAACAGACCAUAGUAGACAAAUUAGCUGCCGCAACAAAGAUUCCUGUAUCAUUUUACUAGAUCCCACUAAGCCAGAGCCAGAAGCAGAGGGGAGCAAUAUAAACAUAAAUAAAGGUCCUUUGAGCAUUCAGAUGGAGACACAUAACUUGAAGAUUUUCACAUUUGAUGAGUUGCGGAGAGCCACCCGGAAUUUCCGGCCAUCAGCCAUGGUUGGAGUUUCAGAUGGCGAGUCAAUCUAUAAAGGGUGGGUGGAUAGGACAUCAUACAAACCAUCAGUAUCUGGAGUAGGGAUAGCUGUCGCAAUCAAGAUUUUAAACACAAAUAAUGUUCAGAGUCUCAAUGAGUGGCAGGCAGAAGUGACUCGGGGAAGGUUUAGUCAUCCCAAUCUUGUUAAACUCUUAGGAUAUUGUUCAGAAGACGGAAAGCUGCUCCUUGUUCAUGAAUACAUACCUAAAAGAAAUUUCAUAGACAUUAUUCGACGCCAUCCACUUCCAUGGGAUAUAACAAUGAAAAUUGCCAAUGGAGUAGCCAAAGGCCUUUCUUUCUUGCACACUCAUGAGAGCUCCCCCACAUUUAGGAUUUUCAAUGCUUCAAGUAUUUUAGUGAAUGAGAAUCAUGAAGCGCAGCUCUAUUUUGGAUGGGCAUCGUUAGGCCAAAUACAUGGAGCAUUGCCUAUCUUAAUGAGCAAUGCACUCACCAGUCGUUACAACCCUGUUGAGUAUAUGGCUGCAGGUCACUGGUAUAUUGAAAGUGAUGUCUAUGCCUUUGGAGUGAUGAUGUUGGAUAUGAUAGGAGGUUUAGUCUCUCUUCAUGACAAGAGGUGCUCCUCGCCCCAGAGUUUACUGGAGUGGGCUAGGUUCACCUUAUCCGAUAAGGGAAAACUACAAAAAUUCAUGGACCCAUGGUUGGAGCAAGGAAACCCUCCAAAAGGAGCCUGCAAAACAGCUGACCUCAUCCUAAGUUGUCUCCAAAUCACCCCUGGAGAUCGCCCUUCAAUGCAAGAAAUUGUGGUGAGCUUAGAAGGGAUUAAUGCCAUGGAGAUGUAGUUUUUGUUAAUUGUUAUAUAUCACUACAAAAGGAUAAUAUAUAUAAUGAUCAGGUUGAUAACAUCAUGUUAUUUUCGUAAUUAUAAAAGAAUUCACAAUAGUAGACAGUUAUUAAACAUUUUUCAACUCCAUUUUUAUGUUGAAAGAUUUAAGUAAAAAUUGGAAUACCAUUAGAUAUGCCGGUAUCAAACUUGAGGUAUGCAAUGUAAGCC